AUUAUCAAAUUAUCAAAAUAAGUUUUUCUCAUAAGUAAGUAUAUUAGGAAAAUAAUUGGCUGGUUCGUAUUGAAGACUAGCACCAUACCGAUUUCCGGCGAAGAUCGAUUAGCACAAUUCAGAUGCCAGCUAGCAUUUUUCAAACAGUUUAAAGAAUGCCGCAAUUCUAUUAGUAUAAUUUAAAUGUUUGUUUUUCUUAAAAAAAAAAUAAUGAGUCCGUCUAGUAUAUAGGAGAAUCUGCUAGGAGUUGUGCUAAUUUCCGUUAGAAAACCUGUAUAUAGUACUAGCAGCUCUUUCCGCGUCUCUAUUUUGCUUCUAUCUAUUUCGCCACAAGAAAGUUCUGGAAAUUCGUCGGCUUUAUUCUUAUCGCACGUCAUACUCGCUCGCACGUUAGCUGGCCGCAUGAUGAGCUUGGUUCGAGUGUCAUCGCGUUGUAUCGAAAAUCGAUGGUAGCCUACUGCAGUGAUGCGAGAGCCGCGGAAUUCCAGUUAUCGCGCGGCAUGCAGGGUGCUUAUAUAAAUGCCGGCUAUCGCAAGUAAUAGGAAACAUUUUACACCGUCUUCUAUAUAAUAGUUAAUAAUCGGGUCGAAUGUCGAUCUGUAGUGCAGUGUAGUUCACACAGAAGUAACAGCGCGUCCGUUAAAAGAAAAAGUUUGUCGAUCAGUCUUUAUCGAAUAAAGCGCAGUCGGACGAAAACGAUGUCUUCGCCGUAUACGAUCGCGCACGGCGCGGGCACAACGGAGAGCUUUUAUUAGCCGCGGUAUGAAGCCGAAGCUUUGAUUCCUCGCGGUUCCGCGUAUAGGAAUUAAAAGAUAGCGGCGCUCGAAUGAAAUGUCAGCUACUGUGAUGCGUCUUCUAUAAUAAGGCUCGUGUAAGUAUAUUAUACGCAGGCGGAAGAACAGCGAAUCCGUUGUGAAAGGCAAAGUUCUAGAGUUUUGGAGAGAAAAUUGCCCGCGCGCGAAUUGACGCCGGCCGCCGGGCAUGACAAUAAUAUAGGAUCACGUGUCGACGCUAUGCUUGCUUGAAUGACGGUCGCGCGUGGAAGGGGGCUCCUCCCCGAUUCCCUUAAAAGCGCACGUGUUUCCCCGUCCGCGCAUCACUAGCAUCCCGACAGUCGCGGACCCGCGCCUUCGCCCGCCGCUCUCGAUACACCUGCUCCUGCUAGUAUAGAGAAUGUCGUCGCUCAAGAUCCACGUGAACUCGCCGAGAGUCGAGUACACGGCCGAGGCCAUCCUCGCGGAGUACGAUUACCAGACGAUGAAGGUCGCCCGCGCGGGCGACGACUCGGCCCCGGCCUACGAGGUCGUUCCGGAGUCGACGAAGCUCCUCAUCAAAACGGACAUCAAGGUGCCGAAGCUGGGAGUUAUGCUGGUCGGCUGGGGCGGCAAUAACGGGACGACCAUCACCGCGGCCUUGCUGGCUAACAAACUCAAACUUUCGUGGGAAACGAAAGACGGCGUCAAGCGCGCCAACUGGUACGGCUCGCUGAUCGAAGCGUCUACGGUGAGGCUGGGCAGCGACGGAGUCGAGGACGUCUACGUGCCGAUUUCGUGGAUGCUGCCGAUGGUCAAUCCUGAUGAUAUCGAACUCGACGGCUGGGACAUCUCCGACAUGAACCUCGCUGACGCCAUGGAGCGGGCCAAGGUCUUGGACAUCAAUCUGCAGAAGCAGCUCAGGCCUCACAUGCGGGGCUUGAAGCCGCGGAAGAGCCUCUACUUCCCGGACUUCAUAGCCGCCAAUCAGGAAUCGCGAGCCAACAAUUUGAUCUCGGGAACGAAGAAGCAGCAGCUGGAAGCCAUCAGAAAAGACAUCCGAGAUUUCAAGGCAUUGAAGAAGCUGGACAAGGUCAUUGUUUUGUGGACCGCGAAUACCGAGAGGUUCGCCGACAUCUUGCCCGGUGUCAACGAUACGGCGGACAAUUUGCUCAAGUCAAUUGACGAGAGCCACCCGGAGAUCAGUCCUAGCACUGUCUUUGCCGUUGCUUCGGCGCUGGAAGCCUGUACUUAUCUGAAUGGUUCGCCUCAAAAUACUUUCGUACCUGGAGCAAUAGAGCUUGCGGAAAGAUUAAACACAUUUAUCGGCGGGGAUGAUUUCAAAUCCGGACAAACCAAGAUCAAGUCGGUACUCGUGGACUUUUUGGUAUCGGCAGGUAUCAAGCCCGUGUCUAUCGUCAGCUAUAAUCACUUGGGCAACAACGAUGGUUACAAUCUGUCAGCACCACAACAGUUCCGAUCGAAGGAGAUAUCAAAGAGCAACGUUGUCGACGAUAUGGUCCAGUCGAACAAAGUGCUUUACAAGGAUGGAGAAAAGCCAGAUCACUGCGUUGUUAUUAAAUACGUCCCCUAUGUGGGCGACAGCAAGCGAGCAAUGGACGAGUACACAUCGGAGAUCCUGUUGAACGGUCACAACACGAUCGUCGUGCACAACACCUGCGAGGAUUCGUUGCUCGCGAGUCCGAUAAUCCUGGACCUGGUGCUGCUGUCUGAGAUUUGUUCGCGUAUGAGCUUCAAGCGAGCCGAACAACCGGACAGCGAGUACAGAUGCUUCCGUAGUGUUCUGUCGAUCCUGUCGUAUCUCCUGAAAGCACCCCUGGUUCCACAAGGUACCCCAGUUGUCAACGCUCUCUUCAAGCAGCGCUGCGCGAUCGAGAACGUACUCAAGGCCUGCGUCGGUAUCCCGCCCGAAAACCACAUGCUACUCGAGCACAAAGUCGACAUCCUUCGCAAGUAUAGACCUCAAUAAUUCGGCUAACCCAAUAACUCAAACUCUGUUUACUUUCUGUGGGAUAACUGCUCGUUAUACGACAUCACAUUGUUUUUAUCAUUGUUGUACACAUUACACUGAAAUUUUAAUGGUAUGGAUUUUAGAAAAAAGUUGAAAAAGACCAAUACCACGCAUAUGCGACGAGUAUUUUUUUAUGUAUGUAUGAGACGGUGAAAAUAAUUUUUGAAGAAUGUUAAACAUAUCACUCGUUGUGAUCAUAGUAUAUACGACAUGAUAUACAUACACCCACACACACACACACACACACACACACACUCACAUAUAUAUAUAUAUAUAUAUAUAUAUACACACAUAUUUUUUAAUGAGUGUAUUUUUUUACAACUGGCGAAUGUUGAACAAUCUUGUGUACAAGGUUCUUUAGAGUUUAUAUCUAUAUUAUAUACAUUCAUUAUUAUACCAAUGAGUAUACCAAAGUCUCUUUGUUAUUUUCGUAUGGAAUCAUCUAUGCAAAUGUAGGCAUUUUAUUAUAAUAAAGUACGUACCUCAUCGAACGCUCUAGAUUCAGAAUGGUAAUAUAACAUGUCUACAACAGUAUUAUAACUUGUGCCGACGAAGAACGAAGCUCAACGCAUUACUUUCUAUGCAUGUUACUGCAAAUAGACAAUCUUUUGGUUUUACAUAUUUACAAUAAAGAAAAAAGUUUUAAAGCGUUGCGUUCUCCUAUUCCCGAAAACGAAUAUGUGUGCUGAAAUUUACUCAUUAUUUUUAAGAAAUCAAUAAACAUGAUACAAUGCAUUUUAAAAACUGUUUCCUUAUAUACUUACUGCGUUGCAUGAAUUCAAAUUACGAUUAUGAGAUAUCCGAAAUUUAUUAAGAUAGAUAAAUUUAGAUAGUAUGUAUAACGGAUAAGUUCCACUCAGAGACAAAUUUACGAAGAUGUGAUCCAGGUGUCCAAAACUUUCGAGUUGAGCGAUUCAUAUAGGUUUUUGUAGGUUUUGUUCGACGUGUAUAUAUUAUAUAAAAUCCUUUACACUCUGAUAGAAGAUAAGAUCGCCGAGUUGUAAGACACCAGCGAAAUCCAUUAUAGCAUCGAACAUAAAGAAAGGCAGCAACUGUAAAAUGUAGUCAAUGCGAAAUGUUAAAAAUAAAAAUACAAACAAGUUUUGGAUUUCGUGACCAGUGUUUAAUUGUUAUUGAAAGUGCCUAUAUAAAAGCAAAAUCGAAUUAGCGAUUUUAACUUUUUCAGUUGCUGCAAUGCUUAAUAUACUUGAUCCAGCCUAGGACGUCUUUGUUAUAAUGCAAUGAUUUAAAAUUGAAAAUUAUUUACUGCUGAUUUCAAAUUCGCAUAUUAUAGAAAUUACUUUAUAUAUGUAUUCGCAAAUUAAUUAUCCAUCAUAAAUACGUAUGAUCAUAAGCAGAUAAUGGUACAUAAUACAAAAAGGGAUCAUAGAGAAUCAGAUUUUUCCUGUUGAUUGAUUUUCGAAAAAAAAAAUGCUCCGUUUUCUUCUAUUUUCAGGGGCGAAAAGUGUUUUAUUCACGACUGACCUAUAAUAGCCACUUUAUUACCUGAAAAGCGGGACUAAAGUAGCAUUUUAUUCCCUCAUAUUUUUUUUCCCGCAAAAUGCGGGAAAGAAAUUCAUUAUUCCCGCAAAAUGCGGGAAAUUUAAAAAAAUGUUGAAAAUUUUGGAAAAUUUUACAGUUCAGUCGUGAAUAAAGCACUAUAUGCAACACGAGAGUAAAGUUGAUUAUUUCCUCGAGUGAUUUACUGCCCUCACUUCGCUCGGGCAGUAAACUCUCACCCGCAGGAGUAAACAACGACUUUACUCCCUUGUUGCAUAAUGUACUAUUUCCGCCGGGGUGUAGAAUAACAAGUAUAAGGAUUAUUAAAGGUGAAGGUUUGCAGUGAGGAAUUACAAAUAUUUUACUGCUAUUAUAUUCUUUAUUAAGUACUCGUCUCAAGUAACUCCUACACAAUUCUUGUAUACAAUGCAUCUAUUUGGACAACGCAAAAAUUAUAAACCCAUAUAUACACUGCCUAGAAUCGCAUUAGGACGACGUUUGAUCCGAGAAACAUUCACAAAACGCAAUUUAUAAUUGAAACUUUCUAUAUUAUUUUCACUCGCAGUGUGGGACUUUAUUCGUUUGUUUGUUACUCUUUUUUUAUCGUACGUAUGGAAUGCAUAUUAUAAAUUUUCACGUGUUAAGAACUAAAAUAACUUGCUAUUUAUACUUAUCAUCUCCAAGCAAUAACUACAAAUUAUAAAUUAAACUUAUAUAUAUAUAUAUAUAUACACACACACACACACACACUUAUGUAGAAUGAUUCGACUAAUACUUUUCGUAAAAACGCUCGGAAAAGCUACUCGUCGAAUUUUGAUGCAACAAUGUUUUAUGCUAUGAUUCGUUGAUGAAUAAAACUAUUUUCGACACGAUUGAUUGCCUCAUGGUCUGGAAGUUUAGAGCGAAACACUGCCGUGUAUUCAUUUUAUAAAAAUUUAUAUCCAGGCCAACAAUCAGCAAUCACAGCUGUAAAUAUAUAAUUUAUAAUAUAUACUACUUUCAAGACUACACAAUUAACAUCUACCAGUAAUACGUUAUACUUAUAUAAAACAAAUUUUGCUACACAUAUUCUUGUAGUCUUAAUAAAAAUUAUGAAUAAGUUAUUUAAUGAUUACAAUACAAUUAUUCAAGUAUAAUGUUCUUCUCUUUGGAUUUUCGUUGAAAUGGAAGACUAGAAUAUAUAAGACUGCGUUCAGAUUAUACUCGUGCAUGUAUAGGAGAAAAAUAAUUAUAAUCAUUCCUUGUCACAUAUGUAUUCAUUGUAAAGUAAAAGCUACGCCAUCACUAACAACAA